GUUACCCCCGAGAAUAUGCGCUCCUUGAUCCUGGAUGGCGAGAACACGGAUGGUUUUGUACAGUCUGAGGUCCGGUGUAGAGGCAAAGUUCCUCUGUUGACAGGCAGCUGCGACGACAGGAGCCUCAGGCAAAAGUGGAAGUGUGACAAGUUAGAUUUUCGCCAGACACUUCAGGGUGACGCUUUUCCGUAUGUUGCGGCCAUUCUUCGCAAAAUCACCGCGCGCUGCCAUUCAAAGCCUAUGGAGCUGCUGAUGCUUGGCUUGGGAGGAGGGACGAUGCAAAGCUACAUCGCGCAUGAAUGCCCCGAUGCCAAGCUAGCCACAAUAGAAGCAUCUCCUGGCGUGGUAGAGGCUGCACGGCGCUUCUUUGGGUUCACUGGGCAAGCCGAUGUUGCAGGCGCCCAGGAAGCGCUGCAAGACCUGGUCAAGCAGCGCCGACGCUUUGAUGCUGUGGUUGUGGACAUUACGGAUACUGUUCUUGCUAAGAGAGAUGUGGAAAACUUGCACUCCCUGCUGAAAAAUGGCGGCCUGGUAUUGCAAAACCAUACAAACCACUUGAAGAUGUCAGACCAGCUCAGUGCCUUUCGGGACGUCUUCGCCAAUGUGAGCCAGGAAAGCUUUGCUGAGGGUAACGUAGUCGUGACAAGCACGGACGCUCUGGAUUCCAAGUCUGAGCAAGCCUAA